AUGACAGGAAGAUAUCAAGGAGUUCAAACCCGAAUCUUAAAUAUAAAUCCACAAGCAUUUUUUACUCCUUGCGCUGCCCAUAAUUUAAACUUAGUCCUGUGUGAUGCUGCCAAAAAUUCAACUAUAGCCAUUACAUUUUUUGGUAUAGUUCGAAGUGUUUAUACUUUAUUUUCUGCAUCAACAUGUCGCUGGAGUAUUAUUCAAAAACAUUGUACAGUGUUCACGGUUAAACAAUUGUCAGAGACGAGGUGGGAGAGCCGUAUAAAUAGUGUGAAAGCUUUACGUGUUCAACUUUCAAGUAUUUUAAAUGCUUUAGAAGAAGUUUCCGAGACAGCUAAUGAUUUGAUGGCCCGAAGUGAGGCUGUUUCACUAUCAAAUGAAAUUGGUAAUUAUGAAUUUAUAUUAAGUCUUGUGAUUUGGUAUGAUAUUUUAACAGAAGUAAAUAUUGUGAGUAAAAGUACACAAGAUCAUAAGAUGGAUAAAAAUACUUCUGUAAAAAUGGUUCAAAGUCUUAUACAGUUUUUGCAUCAAUAUAGAGAAAUUAUUAUAUUUAAUUUUGCGAAAAUUGCUGCUACCAAAUUAGGUGAAGAUGCUGAUAUUGUAGUUGCUUUCAAAAAUCCACGAGUAAGAAAAAAGAAAAAAUUAUUCGAUUAUGAAAAUGUUGAAGAACCUGUGUUAAACAAUGAAGAUCGGUUUCGUACAAAUUAUUUUUUCAUCAUUCUUGACCAUGCAAUACAGUCGAUUAAGAAACGCUUUAAACAGUUAGAGACUUAUUCGGACAAUUUUGGAUUUUUACAUCGCAUUGGCAAGUUGAAAACAAUGGAAAAUAAUGAUUUAUUAAAACACUGUAAAGAUUUGCAAUUAAUUUUAACAGAUAACGAUCUAAAAGAUAUAGAUGGAUUAGAUUCAUUUUCUGAACUGAUCAUUUUUCGAACUUUAAUUGACGAAGAUACAAAUUCACUCCAUGCACUUAAUAUUUUAAAAACAACAAAUGGAUCAUUUCCUAAUCUAACCAUUGCUCUUAGAAUAAUGCUAACAAUUCCUGUGACAUCUUCUUGUGCGGAAAGAAGCUUUUCAAAGCUAAAGUUAAUAAAAACUUAUUUGCGCAAUCGAUUAGGCCAAGACAAACUUUCUGAACUAGCUUUAAUAUCAAUUGAAGAAGAAGUAUCGUCCACAAUCGACUAUAAACAUCUCAUCGAUAUCUUCGCUUCAAAAAAAUGCAGAAAGAAAAUGUUUAGUUAA